AUGGAGAACUUUACGCAUGACACAGGAUUUACUUCUUCUACUUCUUCUUGUCGUCUGUGGAGACCGUGGACGGAAGCAGAGGACCAGAGUGCUGUGUGUAAAGUUUAUUUCUUGGCUUUUGACCUUUCUGACAUAAAACACCUCAAACCUCAAGUCACUCAUCCGGUGAAAUUGUACUGGCCAAAAUCGAAGUGCUUCGAUUACCUAUACCAGGAUGCAGAAAUGCUCCUGCGUAACUACCCAGUCCAAGCCACCAUCUGCCCCUAUGAGGAGUCCAGCAGCGACGAGGAGAGCGAGGAGGAGGAGGAGGAAUUAACGGAAAAGGACAACUAA